CAGAGCCUCCUUUCCUAGGCAAGAUUAUGACUUUUCAACUAUGAAAAGAUGAUCUUGGCUUGUCUGGAUCUCUGAAUUCUUCUGGGUCUGUUCAAAAACCCGUAAUUUUACGCUCGAAUCGGUUGAGAAUGGAGAAUUUGGCGAAGAGCUGCGCAGGAAACGAGAAGAAAAGAAAUGGUGGGACUCACUCGGUGACCGAGUCAGCGGACAAGUCUAGGGAGAGCAGAAGCUCGAGUGGGUCGAAUUGCGAGAGUUCCGGUGGCGCUUCUUCUCCACAUCCGCCGCCCCAGCUUCUGGGUUGGCCGAUUAGGAAAGCUGCUUUGAGGAAGAACUCGACGGAAAAUGGGAAAAGAAACGAGAAGAAAUCUAACCCUUUUGCUGAUUCCGGGUUUGAAAAAAAGCAGAUCAGUAUUUCAGAGGUGGAUAUGAUGAAAGAGAGAUUCGCAAAGUUACUGCUUGGUGAAGACAUGUCAGGUUCUGGCAAAGGCGUUUGCACGGCUUUAGCCAUCUCCAACGCCAUUACCAAUCUCUGUGCUACGGUUUUCGGGCAACUAUGGAGAUUAGAGCCUCUGCCCAGAGAGAAAAAGGCAAUGUGGAGAAGGGAAAUGGAGUGGCUUCUCAGUGUCUGUGAUCACAUUGUGGAACUGACACCUUCUACCCAAUUUUCCCAUGAUGGGAAAAAGCUUGAGGUCAUGACUUGUAGCCCAAGAUCAGAUAUCUUCAUCAAUCUCCCGGCUCUCUGUAAACUAGACGCCCUUCUUCUCGAGAUACUGGAUAAGUUUCAGGCAACCGAGUUCUGGUAUGUUGAUCAAGGGAUUGUAGCUUCAGAAACCGAUGGUUCAGCUUCUUUCCACAGAGCGAUUCAACGUCAAGGAGAUAAAUGGUGGUUGCCUGUGCCAAGAUUGCCUCCCGAUGGCCUGAGCGAGAACACGAGAAUUGAAUUGAAUCAUAUGCGUGAAUGCGUUACACAGAUACUGAAAGCUGCAAUGGCCAUUAACAGCACUUCCUUGUCCGAAAUGGACAUUCCUGAAUCAUACCUUGAAGGCCUUCCAAAGAAUGGAAGAUCCUGUCUUGGAGAAGUUAUCUACAGAUAUGUGACGUCUGAUCAGUUUUCCCCCGAGUUUCUUCUUGAUUGCCUUGAUCUAUCCUCUGAACACGUCGCUCUAGAUAUCGCAAACCGGGUCGAAGCUUCAAUAUACGUCUGGAAGCGAAGAGUUAACAAUCCUUCGAAUUCUACUCCGAAGUUAUCAUGGGAAAUGGUUAAAGAUCUAAUGGUGGAUGGUGACAAAAGGGAAGUCCUCGUGGAAAGAGCGGAAAGGCUCUUGCUUUGCUUGAAGCAGCGAUUCCCUGCUUUAACCCAAACUGCUCUCGACAUUAGCAAGAUUCAAUACAACAAGGACAUUGGAAAAUCGAUCCUUGAAAGCUAUUCAAGAGCUCUAGAGAGCUUGGCAUACAAUAUCGUUGCACGUAUCGAUGACUUGCUCUACGUGGACAGCUUAACAAGGAAUUCGGAUUACAAAGCUAUAGCUCAGAAGCAGGUGACGAUCCCAUACUGUGUGCCUUCUUCAGGCACUCCUUACAAAACAACCUUCUCUCCCAUGAGAGCUCCAUUAUUGAUUAGCCCUUUAAGAGGAGAGAAAGGUCCUUAUUUCUCCAGCAAGAACAACGACAAGCUUCCACAUCGCGGGUUUGGGGUUAGAAGGGUAUUGACCAAUUAUCUCGGAGUCGAGUCCAAACCAAAAAUAUGCGGAAAUGCAACCGAAACUCCAUAUUCGGUGGCAAACAACAAUGGCAGAGAACGUUCAAAGCCAAAAGUUCAUUCAUCAGUUCAUCAAAGCUGAUACCCCAAACAUAAUGUCUAUUCUGAGGUUUCCAACGAAGAAAGAGUACAAGAAACGGCUGAGUAGCCAACAAGAAAGUUAGUAGAAUGUAAAGUGUAACUUAUGUAGAGAUUGUUGAUUUGUUUGGGUUUCACUUACACUGUUAAGGCUGUGGUAAGAGUUGAAAGUUUCUCUUUCUGAAACCGGUUUGGUACAGUCUACAAUUGCAAGCUGAAUGUAAUUUAACCGAACUGAACCGAAGGGGCAGAAAGGUUAAGAUCACAA